CCAAGAAGGAACUUUUCUUUUUUGGAUUCAGAUAUUGGUUGAACAUAGGGUUUGGAAGCGUAACCAUAGUUCGCAUCUUCUCUUUGGCAGCCGCCGUAGUCCAGAAACUCCCUCUGAGGCGAACUGAAGCUUCAAUAACGCCAUGGCAAACACAACAACUCGAUCCUUUUUACAAGUGGCAUCGACUGAAGAAGUUGUGGCCCCUUUGAGAGUUGUUCAGAUGGAGGGAUUGGUUAUUUUGAAGAUUAUCAAGCACUGUAAGGAGUUCUCACCGGCUCUUGUCACUGGUCAACUUCUCGGACUAGAUGUUGGGAGUGUUCUUGAAAUUACUAACUGCUUCCCUUUCCCGACCCGAGAAGAAGACGAGGAGAUUGAAGCAGAUGGUGCUAAUUAUCAACUUGAAAUGAUGAGAUGCUUGAGAGAAGUUAAUGUUGAUAAUAACACUGUUGGGUGGUAUCAGUCAACCUUGUUGGGUUCUUUCCAGACAGUAGAACUCAUUGAGACAUUUAUGAACUACCAGGAGAAUAUACGACGUUGUGUAUGCAUCAUAUAUGACCCUUCAAAGGCCAACCAAGGUGUUCUGGCCCUCAAGGCCCUGAAGCUUUCUGAUUCUUUUAUGGAUCUUUACCGCAACAAUAACUUCACGGGAGAGAAAUUGAGAGAGAAAAAUUUAUCAUGGGUAGACAUCUUUGAGGAGAUACCUAUUAAGGUUUCAAAUUCUGCUCUGGUCAGUGCUUUUAUGACAGAGCUGGAAGCUGAUUCUCCUGUAACCCAGUGUGACUAUGACAGACUACAUUUGUCAACAAACCCAUAUAUGGAAAGAAAUGUUGAGUUCUUGAUCGAGUGCAUGGAUGACUUGUCCAUGGAACAACAAAAGUUCCAAUUUUACUACAGAAAUUUGUCCCGCCAACAAUCCCAGCAGCAACAGUGGAUUCAGAAGAGAAGGAUGGAGAAUAUGGCACGGAAAGCUGCAGGAGAGGAGCUUCUACCUGAGGAAGAUCCGUCAAACCCUGUUUUUAAGCCCAUUCCCGAACCAUCGCGUCUAGAUAGUUUUCUGAUCACAAAUCAAGUGGCAAACUAUUGCAACCAAAUCCAGGGUGCUGCGGGUCAAAGUUUCAGCAGAUUAUACCUGACCAAGGCUUUGCAAGAGAAUUGAUUAAUGCGGCUUGAAGUGGUUGGACCAUUAGAGCUAAAUUUGUGAUAUUUCUUACUCAUUAAUAGAUUUGGUUUAAGAUUUUUUCUAAGGUCUCCCUGGUUCUCUAAAUAUUUAAAACUGUACUUUUAAUAUAUUUUUUAUAUUUCUCUUUGCAAGCUGAGCAAAAUACAUGCAUAUCUCAUUGCAGAAUGGUUUAAUUUUUUUUAUUGAAGAAAUUACUUCUCUUU